UGUCGGUGGGACUGAACGGGGAAAGCGUGCCGGUGCGCGAGCGGCUCCCGAUGGCUUUCAGGGCCGGUUUUAUCUGAAUAUCUGGACGGGUUGUGGACGUUUUUUCUCGGGAUCAGCUAUGGAUAUCCUGUGUUUACUGUGGAUACUCCCCUCAGCUCUGGCUUUAGAAGAAACGUUAAUGGACUCCACCACAGCGACGGCUGAACUGGGCUGGACGGUGUUUCCUGUGUCGGGCUCGAGUGAAAACAGCUGGGAGGAGGUGAGCGGCUACGACGAGAACAUGAACACCAUCCGCACCUAUCAGGUCUGCAACGUUUUCGACGCCAACCAGAACAAUUGGGUGCGCACCAAAUACAUCCCACGGCGCGGCGCCCAGCGCAUCCACGUGGAGAUGAAGUUCUCGGUGCGAGACUGCAGCAGCAUCCCGCGGGUCCCCGGCUCCUGCAAAGAGACCUUCAACCUGUACUACUACGAAUCGGACGCGGACACGGCCACGAAAGUGUCCCCGCCCUGGAUGGAGAACCCGUGGAUAAAGGUGGACACCAUCGCGGCGGACGAGAGUUUCUCGCAGGUGGAUUUGGGGGGACGAGUGAUGAAGAUCAACACCGAGGUUCGCAGUUUUGGUCCGGUGUCUCGGAAUGGCUUCUACCUGGCCUUCCAGGACUACGGAGGCUGCAUGUCCCUAAUCGCAGUCCGUGUCUUCUACCGGAAGUGUCCCCGAGCCAUCCGGAACGGAGCUAUAUUCCAGGAGACUCUUUCAGGAGCUGAGAGCACGUCUUUGGUCGCCGCCAGGGGAGUUUGCGUCCCCAACGCAGAGGAAGUGGACGUUCCCAUUAAACUCUACUGUAACGGAGACGGCGAGUGGAUGGUGCCCAUCGGACGCUGCAUGUGCAAAGCUGGGCAUGAAGCGGUGGAGAACGGCACGGUCUGCAGAGCGUGUCAGUCGGGGUUCUUUAAGACGGCGCAGGGAGACGAGUCCUGUCUGCAGUGUCCCAUCAACAGCCGCACCACCAACGAUGGAGCCACCAACUGCGUCUGCCGUAACGGCUACUACCGUACCGACUCCGACCCCAUCCAGAUGCCCUGCACCACCGUGCCCUCAGCCCCUCAGAGUGUGAUCUCCAGUGUGAACGAGACGUCGGUGAUGUUGGAGUGGAGUGGUCCGCGGGAGAGCGGGGGUCGGGAGGACGUGGUGUAUAAUAUAAUCUGUAAGAGCUGCGGUGGUGGGCGGGGCGGCUGCACGCGCUGCGGUGAUAACGUGCAGUUCCUGCCCCGGCAGCUCGGCCUCACCCACACCCGGGUCUACAUCAGCGAGCUGCUCGCCCACACGCAGUACACCUUCGAGGUUCAGGCCGUCAACGGCGUCUCAGACCAGAGUCCCUACUCUCCUCAGUACUCCUCCGUCAACAUCACCACCAACCAGGCCGCUCCCUCCGCCGUGUCUAUAAUGCAUCAGGUCAGCCGCACCGUGGACAGCAUCACUCUCUCCUGGUCGCAGCCGGAUCAGCCGAACGGUGUGAUUCUGGAUUACGAGCUGCAGUAUUAUGAGAAGGAUCAGACGGAGCACAACUCCUCAGUGGUGAGAAGUCAGACCAACACGGCUGUGAUCCGCAGCCUGAAGCCCGGAGCCAUCUACGUCUUCCAGGUCCGGGCGAGGACUGUGGCGGGGUUCGGACGCUACAGCGGGAAGAUGUACUUCCAGACCAUGACUGAGGAGGAGUACAACACCAGCAUCCAGGAGAAACUGCCGCUCAUCAUCGGCUCAGCAGCUGCUGGACUGGUCUUCCUCAUCGCGCUGGUGGUCAUCAUCAUCGUGUGUAACCGCAGUCGAGGUUUUGAGAGAGCAGAUUCGGAGUACACAGAUAAGCUGCAGCACUACACCAGCGGCCACAUGACGCCAGGAAUGAAGAUCUACAUCGAUCCGUUUACCUACGAAGAUCCGAACGAGGCGGUGAGAGACUUCGCCAAGGAGAUCGACAUCUCGUGUGUGAAGAUCGAGCAGGUCAUCGGAGCAGGAGAGUUCGGGGAGGUGUGCAGUGGGAAUCUGAAGCUUCCGGGGAAGAGGGAAAUGUUCGUGGCCAUUAAGACGCUGAAGUCGGGCUACACGGAGAAGCAGAGGCGGGACUUCCUGAGUGAAGCGAGCAUCAUGGGACAGUUCGAUCAUCCGAACGUGAUCCGAUUGGAGGGAGUUGUGACUAAAAGCAGCCCGGUGAUGAUCGUCACCGAGUUCAUGGAGAACGGCUCUCUGGACUCCUUCCUCAGACAAAAUGACGGGCAGUUCACGGUGAUCCAGUUGGUGGGGAUGCUGCGAGGAAUCGCCUCAGGUAUGAAGUACCUCGCUGACAUGAACUACGUCCAUCGUGACCUGGCGGCCCGGAACAUCCUGGUGAACAGUAACCUGGUGUGUAAGGUCUCUGACUUCGGACUCUCGCGCUUCCUUGAGGACGACACGUCUGAUCCCACCUACACCAGCGCCCUGGGCGGGAAGAUCCCGAUUCGAUGGACGGCUCCGGAGGCCAUUCAGUACAGGAAGUUCACCUCCGCCAGCGACGUGUGGAGCUACGGCAUCGUCAUGUGGGAGGUGAUGUCGUACGGAGAGAGGCCGUACUGGGACAUGACCAAUCAGGACGUAAUAAACGCUAUAGAGCAGGAUUACCGGCUCCCGCCGCCCAUGGACUGCCCCAGCGCUUUACACCAGCUGAUGCUGGACUGCUGGCAGAAAGACCGAAACAACCGGCCUAAAUUCAGCCAGAUAGUAAAUAACCUGGAUAAAAUGAUCCGUAACCCAAACAGCCUGAAGGCCAUGACCCCUCUGUCCUCAGGUGUGCACUUGCCCCUGCUGGACCGCAGUGUUCCUGAUUUCUCCAGUUUCAGCUCGGUGGACGAGUGGCUGGAUGGGAUUAAAAUGGGUCAGUAUAAGGAAAACUUCUCCAGCGCAGAUUUCUGCAGCUUCGACCUCGUCUCUCAGAUGACCAUGGAAGAUAUCCUCAGGGUGGGCGUGACGCUGGCGGGUCAUCAGAAGAAGAUUCUGAACAGUGUUCAGAUGAUGAGAGCGCAGAUGAAUCAGAUCCAGUCGGUGGAGGUCUGAACCUGGAGGAGGAGCUGGAAGGUGAAGGAGGCGGAGUAAAGAGUGAGGAGGCGGAGUGAGGGAUGAGGAGGAGGAGUGAGGGAUGAGGAGGAGGAGUAAAGAGUGAGGAGGAGGAGUCAGAUGGAGGCGACGCUCUGGAUCCCUGAGUUUUUCUCCUGCUGGACCAACAACCUGUUCCUAACGGAGUUUCCUCCAACCUUACCUCCUCUCACCUGAACCCUCUCACCUGAACCCUCACCUGACCCUGCCCCCCCGGCACACCCCACCUCACCCAGCGUCCCGGGAGAGUCUCGCCCCACAGAAAAACGUCUGAACGUGAAAACUUGCUGCUGUAAACGUUAACUUAAAAAAUACGUAAACGUAACGUUAAAACAAAAACGUUAGCGUUAGCGUAGCGUAGCGAGACAAACAAGACAAGCAAUGAGCAAUUCUGUUUUUUUAUUUCUGAUCAGACACGAGCAUGCUUUCUUCCUCUAUUUCAAUUAGUUCUUUAUACACAUAUAUAUUUUUUUGUUUUAUCUUUAACAUUUUUUGUUUUCAUCUAUGUUUUUUUGCAAAAAAAAAAAGAAAGAAGAAAGUUUUAAAAUAUUUUUUUUGUUUUGUUUUUAAGAAAAAAGUAAAAAAAAAAAAAAAGAACAAAAAAUCUCUGUGGACCCAAGACAGGAAGUGACCCGUAGCUGAUGGACUUCUGAAAUUAAUAAAUAAAGGUGCCCUUUAAAAGGGUGAGGAGGUACGAGAGGUACGGCGCUCAGCACCAGGAGCUUCUGAGAUUUCUGUUUUUUAAUUUUUCUAUUUUUUUUGGGAAAAAAAACCCACAGAAACAUUGAAUAUUAAAUAUGGAGUGUGGAAUAUGGAGCCGGACUGCAGACUCAGCGGCUGCAGGAGUGGAAACCCUGUGAUCACUGUGCCGAAAUCGCGGAAGGAGAUAAACACCAUGAAAUGGAAAAACUUUAAAACUUCCUUUCAGCAGCAGUUUUUACUGCCAUGAAGAAAAAACAGACUUCUGUUAUUUUAGCUGUUUAAAACACUUGAACUCGAACAAACAAACAAACAAAAGAAAAGAAAACGAUGAUGUCUUCUCUGCUAAACAGUAAACAGUAUCUUCAGUCUUGUUAAAGGUGUUAAAAAAUCA